AGUUGGACGUGGAAAUUUCAAACUGCCGUGUAGCGGCAGUUAUGUAACAAUUCACGAGGAUCCAAAGAAGGAAAAGGAAUAAUAAAAACGGUUUUUGGCGCCACGUUGCUCUUUAUAAUUUGUUGUCUGGAAGUGUCACUGAUCCAACGCACAAUUCUUCUUCACUUUCCAUCGAAGGAAUAACCAUCCAUGCAUGUUUCUUUUUGGUUAAAGAGAAAAAAAAAAAAGCCAUGUUCCCUUGCACUUCUUUUAGAAAACCAGUCACAGUUAGCAAAGUGGUUAGAGUCAGGGACAAGCUGAAAUCAUCGAUUUGCUGUUUCCGCACAACGGAUCAUGGCGAGGCAGCGACGGAGCUGGAAACGCUGAAGCCGAGGACGCCGCGGUCGACUUACACGUGGCUGAAAUCGACGGCGCACGAGCUAGAGAUCAAGGACAGGUGCAAAAGUCUGAUUGCGAGAAUCGGAAAGCACGGAGGUCGAAAGCAGUACGGCUCCUCCGAUUUCAGCUACGAUCCUAUGAGCUACGCGCUGAACUUCGAGGACGAGGCGAGCCGGACUGAAGAGAUGCCGAUUAUCAGCUUCUCAUCGCGGCUUCGAGCCUCGCCUGAGCGAAUCAUAGACACCAACUGCAAGAACGAGCCGCCGGUAUCCGCGACCAUGGAAAUCGUCUUGUUCAGCUGAUGAAAAGACAUUUUAAGUUUAAUCAAUUAGGAUUAACUAAAAAUAGUUCGGUAACUAGCGGAUUAUUAUCGCCUGAGGAUCAUAAUCGUUGAGUUUGCUUGGAGACGAACCUCUGAUCCCUGAUUUAUGUACCUAAAACCAAUUUAGCAAUGGUUCCAUUAUUAUUAUUUUUUAUUUUUUUCUUUUAUCUUAGUUACAAGGAAACAUCUUCGUCCCUUAUCUCAUACCUCAACUGCUCAAACUCAGGU